ACUUCGCCGCCAAAAUUAUUCAAGUAAUGCUUAUCAUAUGAGUUCUACAAUGAAGCCAAAUACAAAAUGUCAUUCACCAGAAUGUGCUUACCAUCGAUCUCCUGACCGAGGCCUAGAGCGAUCAUUAGAAGAUCCCUGUAUAGGGUUCCUGACCUGUGGCAAGUAAAGAAUGUCACCUUCUGACAGGCCCAGGAGCCCCAGGUUUAUCUUGGGAACCUCAAGAGAAGAGGAAUUUACUCAACUCACAGGCUUUUGGUGACUAAUUUGUGCUCCUUGGAACAAGUACCAGGCAGAACCUGGACUAAAGAUGGAGUCUCGCUGUGUGGCCCAGGCUGGAGUACACUGGCAUGAUCUUGGCUUACUGCAACCUCUCCUUCCCGGUUCCAGUGAUUCUCAUGUCUCAGCCUUCCAAGUAGCUGGGAUUACAGGUUCACACCACCAUGCCCGGCUAAUUUUUGUAUUUUUAGUAGAGAUGGGGUUUUGCCAUGUUGGCCAGGCUGGUCCGAACUCCUGACCUCAAGUCAUCCACCUGUCUCAGCCUCCCAAAGCACUGGGAUUACAGGUGUGAGGCUCUGCACCUGGCCGAGAACAACAAAAUCUUAGCCCUCAAUGUCUGCACUGGGUGUGCAGAGUGAGUGACUUCCAAAAGGUCAUAAACAUGCUUUAAAUCAUUCAUUUUCUCAUUCCACAAACAUGUAUUGAAUACCCCUUAUGUGCCAUAAGGAAUACAGGGAAAAAAAUGCCUUUGUUUUUGUUCUCAAGAUAACAACAAACCAAAGUGCCGUAGGUGCUAUGGUAGAAAUAUCCACGUUGCCUGAAACACAAGGAACACACGUCUAACGUGGGGCCCAGCAUUGGAAACCCAGUCCAAAUAUUGCUGCGUGAGGUUGUAGGAAUUCUUCAGUCAUUGACUGAUUCAACAAAGAUUUACGGAACACUUACAGUGUGCCAGGCUGUUAUCUGGGCGCUGAAGACUCAGUCUUAUAAAUGAAGUAGCCAGAUUCACAGCUGUCAUGGAGCUUGUGUUUGAGUUGUGGUGUGGGGAGGGAGCUAAGGCAGAGGAUGCAGAAGAGACAGACUGUAUACCAGUCAGCCAAUAAGCAAGCCAUGGAUUCCAUAUGUUUUAUCGAGUGUCUAAUAUGUGUCAGGCAGAGUGUUGCAUGCUGGUAUUAUAAAGACGACACAGCCCCUGUCCCUGAGGGGUUAGAUAAAAAGGAAAGAGCCUGUAGGAAGGCCUAGCGCAAAGAAUGGUGUUGUGUUUGGGGAAAAUCAAGCUGUUUAGUUGAGCUGGGGCACAGGGUGUGGUAAGGGAGGGGGCCCCCUCUUUCAGUGAUGAAAUGCACCCUUUCCACAACUUGGGAAAGAAUCCUUCCUGGAAACUUCACAUGAACCCUCUCAAAGUACUUAUUGAUGUAGACAUUUGGAACACGCUGUAGGUCCUGGGUGUCUAUAAAAUAGCAUCAUCCAGCCGAUCAUCUCUCCCCACAUUGCUGAACUGAGGACAUGUGAACUGGUAUCUCUCGGUGGUUCAGAACAGGGGCCACCACCUGUGUAGUAAAGAAAGUGUUUUUGGAACACAGUCAUGGCCAUUCAUUUAAAUAUUAUCUAUGACUGCUCUGGUGCUACAAUGGCAGAGGCGAGUAAUUAUGACAAAGACCACGUAGCCCAAAAGCCUAUCUGGGCCUGUAAGAAAAAGCUGCCAACCCCUGGUCUAGGAGCUCUGCUUACCUGAAAUACAAACCAAUAAUGAGUUUCUGACACACCAAGUUCAAUUCCCUCCCUCCCUUCCUUCUGUCUUUUCCUUUUCUUCCUUCCCUUCCUCCCUUCCUCCUCCCAUCCUCCUUCUUUCCUCCUUCUUACUCUCUUUCUCUCUCUCUCUUCCUUCCUUGCUUUCUUACCUAACCCACAUUCCCAGAAACUGAUGUGAAUAAAAACAAGUGUUGGACCUGAAUGUGUCAGUUAAACUACAACUAGGAUUUGCCUUCUGAGGUAUGGCAAGAAACGAAUUGGUUAAUGUUUGCAAAAUGCCAGGACAUUCUUGAAUAAAAGGACCUAUAUAAAUUCAAAGUAUUUAUAAUUAUUAUGAUUAUUAUUAUAAUUUAUGAGAUGUCAUAAAUCUCUCCAAAAUAGGAUGAGAUCAACACUUUUAACAAGAGAACAGGACUCUAUAUAAAUCGCUGUGGGCUCACCACCUUUAAGGAGGAGCACUGACUGAAGACAGUGUUUCAGGAGCCGUAGAGCCAGAUCAUCAUCAUGUCUGCAUUGUGGCUGCUGCUGGGCCUCCUUGCCCUGAUGGACUUGUCUGAAAGCAGCAACUGGGGAUGCUAUGGAAACAUCCAAACCCUGGACACCCCCGGAGCAUCUUGUGGGACUGGAAGAUGUCACGGCCUGAACUACUGUGGAGUUCGUGCUUCUGAAACGCUGGCUGAAAUAGACAUGCCAUACCUCCUGAAAUAUCAACCCACGAUGCAAACCAUUGGCCAAAAGUACUGCGUGGAUCCUGCCGUGAUCGCUCCUGUCUUGUCCAGGAAGUCUCCCGGUGACAAAAUUCUGGUCAACAUGGGCGAUAGGACUAGCAUGGUGCAGGACCCUGGCUCUCAUGCUCCCACAUCCUGGAUUAGUGAGUCUCAGGUUUCCCAGAUGACUGAAGUUCUGACUACUAGAAUCAAAGAAAUCCAGAGGAGGUUUCCAACCUGGACCCCUGACCAGUACCUGAGAGGUGGACUCUGCGCCUACAGUGGGGAUGGUGGCUAUGUCGGAAGCAGCCAGGACCUGAGCUGUGAGUUCUGCAAUGAUGUCCUUGCACGAGCCAAGUACCUCAGGAGACAUGGCUUCUAACAUCUCAGAUGAAACUCAAGACCAUGAUCACAUAUGCAGCCUCAAAUGUUACACAGAUAAAACUAGCCAAGGGCGCCUAUAACUGGGAAUCUGAGUUUGACCUAAAAGUCAUUAAAAUAACAUGAAUCACAUUAAAGGAAGAAUUUUGACCUGCA